AUGGCGCCCCCUACUGGUCCUCUCAACUUGGAUGUUGAAGCCAUCUCCGGAAUUUGCGGCUCCAUAUCCAUAGCAGCAUGGGUUGUAGUCUUCAGCCCGCAGAUUCUCGAAAACUUUAGGCGCAGCUCCGCUGAUGGUCUCUCGCUCCAAUUCAUCAUUGUAUGGCUGCUGGGAGAUGUCUUCAACAUUCUGGGAGCAGUAUUUCAGGGCGUAUUGCCAACGAUGCUCAUCCUCGCCAUUUACUACACCAUAGCCGACAUGGUACUGCUAGGACAAUGCUUUUACUACAAAGGUUUCACAUGGAAGGAUGAGGUGGUGCCACCACCUCCAAAGAAGACACCAAGGCCAGCCACGGGCGAAGCAGACGAAAGGACAGGUCUGCUCAAUGGUCCUGGACCGCUUGCUCACUCUAGGGAACGACGGGACAGUAGCCAGAGCUGGAGCCACCUGUCUCCGGCCGUACCAAUGCUCUCCGAACCGCCCACACGGCCUCCUCCACCAUCAACGAGACUGCAGGUUGCCUUCAGAAAUGCCGUGGCGAUCCUGAUGGUUUGUGUUGCUGGCAUCGCUGGCUGGUAUCUGAGCCGUCGCUACGCACGAAGCAAGCCAUCCCAGCCAGCCGACAACCUGCCUGAAUUCGACGUCCUCGGUCAGGUCUUUGGUUGGCUGUGUGCCGUCCUCUACCUUGGCUCUCGUCUGCCCCAGAUUCUGCUCAAUUGGCGUCGCAAGUCUGUGGAGGGCGUUUCCAUGUUAUUCUUCCUUUUUGCGUGCCUGGGCAACCUGACGUAUGUUCUGUCAAUCUUUGCAUAUGAGCCGACUUGUGCCAGUCCAAACCAUUGCCGCUCAGGUGAGGCUGGCCGGAUAUAUGGUCGCUAUAUCUUGGUGAAUCUGUCGUGGUUGGCCGGCAGUUUCGGCACACUCCUUCUCGAUUUGGGCAUUUUUGCCCAGUUCUUCAUCUAUAGCAAGGACGAGUCGAUUUCCGGCGAUGAUGAUGAAGAAGCUUUCGAAGAGGCCGAAAGUGAGAUUGACCAAGAACGCUGGGAUCAGCGUCCAGUACUCGAACGCCUUGGAUCUGGUCACACCUAA